CAGCUUCUCUUUCCAUCCUGGAUGGCGUGACAUGGUUCCGGGGGGGUGUGUUGUUCUACCCCAGGCCAAGGAACCGUUAGGGCCUGAGAGGCCUGCAUCUGGAGCAGGCCUGGACCCCUCCGACCUCCAGGUCUGGGUUUUGGGAGCCCCACCCCUUCGCCUCGCUGUCCUUCUGAAUCAGAAUGGGAGGGAGGGGAGGCAGGACCAACACCUCCAAGCGCCAGACUGAGCUUCCUGCCAGCAGCCAACAAGGCAUGUGACCAUUCCCCUCCCCUCCCCCAAGGGUGGUGUGUGUGUGUGUGCCUGGGCACACCCAAGAACAGCAGCUCCUGGCUCCCGGCCAGUUCCAUCUACCGACCCGGGUGUCUGUUGGCAACGGGGCAAAGGUGGCAUUUAUAAGCCUAAUGGACAGGAAAGUGCCAGCCAGCCCCCCCCCCCCCCUACUGACAGGCUCCUGGGUGCAGCAGCAGCAGCACCACCACCUGCGUGUCCCAUAUAAGCCGCUCUGCCCAGAGGUGCCCAUUCCGCCUCGCCAUGUGUACCGGCGCCUGCUCCAGAGUGGUGGCGGCUGCCCUCUGGCCCUUUGCCCUCCUGUGUAUCGUGGCCAACCUCCUCCUGGCCUUUCCCGACUGGAAGACCGAGUAUGUCCACAACGGGGGCGAGCACCUGACUCCCGAAGUCCUCUACCUGGGGGGGAUCGUAGGAGGUGGAAUCAUGGUUCUUGUGCCAGCCAUCCAAAUCCAGGCACCUGGGAGCCGUGGGUGCUGUGGGAACCGCUGUGGGAUGUUCAUUUCCGUGGUGUCUGCAGCCAUAGGGCUCGCAGGCUCCCUCUAUGCCUUGAGCGUCUCAGCCCUGGGACUUGUGCGUGGGCCCCUCUGUAAGUACCCGCUGGAAAACGGGACUCUGUCUGCGUGGGAGCGCCCCUUCUGGGACGGAGGGCAGAGUUUCAGCAACGAAAGUUACCUCUUUGACCGUGGCCUUUGGGACGUCUGCCGGGUGCCAGCGGGGGUCACUGAAUUCAACGUGAUCCUCUUCUCGCUCAUUGUGGCCGCCAGCGUGGUGGAGCUGGCCAUCUGUGGCGUCCAGGUGCUCAACGGACUCUUUGGCUGCCUGUGCGGGACCUGCAACAAGGAGAAACCACCGCAGACCCAUUACUGACGUGGUGACGACGGAGCCCCUUCCUCCUCCUCCUCGUGGACAGUCUCUGCAUCUCCACUGAAGACCCCUCCCACACCCCUCCUGGUCCUGCCUGCCUCCCCCUUUUGCUGAGGUGCCGGGUCAGUGCCAUGGUCACCCCUCUCCCCCAGCACAAAUAAACUCCCUGUGCCCCCCCCCCAC